UCGUCAUCGAGGCAUGUUGUAGAAGUAGUGUGCUGCAGCACCAUAGCACAAGCUCUUGGUGAUGGCUAUGAGGAUGGUGCUCGCUACAGGGGUGGUCUGAGAUCCGAAUGCUUUCGAGAUGAGGAGUGCGGUGUUGACAGUCACUCGCCGGGUUAGCUUCCGUUAUUCAUCUCAGGCAAAUGGGGCCACUCGGCAAGCUUAUGGCCGGUGGCAUCCGGACAUCCAGAACGCGAUUAGGUAGCAUUCUCCUCCGACGCUGUUUACCUUCCACAACACAAUGAAAAACGCCGAUUCGCUUCUCUUUACGCCCGUCCAGGUCGGUCGCUUCCGCCUCGAGCACCGCAUCGUCCUGGCGCCCCUGACGAGGCUGAGGAACGUCGGCUUUUCGGCCAAUGCGAAACCGGAGCAGAGACUCUAUUACGAGCAGAGGAGUUCCAAUGGCGGCCUGGUCAUCAAUGAGGCCACGCUCAUCUCACCGCGAGCUAGCGGCAACCGGAAGAUGCCAGGCAUCUGGGACGAAGAGCUUGCUCGACAGUGGGCACCGAUCGUAAAGGCGAUCAAGUCAAAGGGCGGCAUCGCCGUAGCACAGCUCUGGCACCUAGGCAGGGCCGCUGGCAUUAAGUGGAACUAUGAGGGAAAGGACUAUGAGCCCAUUGCUCCGAGUGCGCUCAAGCCAUCAGAGAAGGCCGUUCUCCCACGGCCGAUGACACUCUCUGAGAUUGACCAGACCGUGGAGGAGUAUGGCAACGCUGGCCGGCUUGCCAUUGAAGUGGCCGGCUUCGACAUGGUUGAGAUUCACGGUGCCAACGGCUAUCUGCUCGAUCAAUUUCUUCAGAGCGUCAGUAACCAUCGAACAGACGACUACGGCGGAACGCUGGAGAACAGGAUGAGACUGCCGCUUCGAGUGGCCAAGCACGUUGCCUCCGUCGUUGGGGCCGAUCGUCUGGGCUAUCGCAUCUCUCCGUUCAGUGAUAUUCAGAACAUGAGAGAAAAGGUGCCCCUGGAUACCUUCUUACCCUUUGUCAAGGAACUCCUGCGAACAGUUCCAGAUCUCGCCUAUAUCCACUACGUCGAGCCGCGCGUAGCGGGCAUAGAUGACCGAAAAGCUGCGCUUACUCCGGACGACGACAUCGGGCCGGUGCGACAAGCGAUCAAGAAGCACAAUGCCGACAAGGGAAAGCACGUGGUUCUCAUCGCCGCCGGUGGCUACAACGCCGACAACUCCGCCGACCACGCCAAUCGGACGGGCGAUCUCAUUGCCUAUGGACGUUACUUCAUCUCCAAUCCUGAUCUUCCCGAAAGACUCAAGAAUGGCUGGCCAUUGCAACACUACGACAGGCCGACAUUCUACGUCGGUGAUGCAAGAGGCUACGUUGAUUAUCUCACCUAUGAAAAUGCAGGGAAUGCGACCAAAGCCAGGCUGUAGACGGCUUUUAACUGCUCAUGUAGACUAGAAAGAUUGCGAGUCGCGUUGCUAAAUGCCGACUUAUCGCGGAGUCAGAG